UCGAUCCAAUUUAUAUUAUAUAAGAUUGAAAUUGCACUAAAAAUCACAAUUCAUAAAAUGGCUGAAGGAGGAUCUCAACCACCAGUUAUUAAUGUUCAACUUCCAGCUAUCACCGUGAAUUAUCAGGAAGGAACGAGAUUUGCUGGAGACAAUGUCGGGCAGAAGACUAAAAUCCAGGCCGCAGAAAUUGGUCAGAUUGUCGUCCCAACAGAAGGAUCGAACGUUCAGACACCGACUCAUCCUUCCCAUCAUGGCGUCACUGAUAACCUUGGGAAAAUGAAUCUGACCGAAGGAACGCACUUCGUUAUUUUUGAGAAUAUACGACGAUUGAUUAACAAAUCCAAAUUCGUGGACGCGCUGAUUACUUUGCAAGAUAUACCACCUUCUCAAGAACAACAAUUCAUGAUGUCAGAAUGCUACUGUCAACUUGGGAGACCGAAUGAAGCAUUGAGGUGCAUUGAAAAGUUACAAUCGGAAAUGACGUCAUUAGCAAGACCUAGUGUCGAUGACGUCAUUAAAACGGUUGAUAAUUACAUUUCUGAUUCGUCUCAUAUUCGUGCAUUGAUUUUACUCACUUGUUGUGCUAAGUUGUAUAAGUUUGAUUCGAACCCGAAUAAUUUGGUUUUCGAGAUUAGGCAUUGCUCAUUGAAAUGUUGGAAAGUGAUCAAAGCAUUGGUCAAUGAAGGCGAUAGAAUGAAAGCGAUUGCAACAGAUGUUGGUUUAAAAAUAAUCACUGACAUGUUGAAAGAAUUGAGAUCAGUAUCAGGAGCUGACAAAAAUACGGGGGUGGAUAUGGAAGCGAGAUGCUUGACAAAUGUUGGUGCUAGUUACGAUGAAGUUGGGAAAUAUGAGGAAGCUAUCGGGUUUCAUAAUGAAGGUUUAGAUCUGAUGAAUCAAACGUUUGGUUUGAACGCUGCAAAAUAUGUGGUGUUUGGGACUCUAUUAUACAACAUGGGUUCUGCGCAGAGUGGUCUCGGUGAUUAUUCCAAAGCUGAAUCGUUUUAUUUACAAUCUCUGGAUGCGUAUAAGAAAGUUGAGGAUUGGCCUAGUGAUAAGAUGAAACGGGAAAUAAUAGAAAGUACAAAGAACAACUUGAAAAUCCUUCGAAACAGAAAGAAAAAGUGAUUUCGUUUCUCGAAUCAACCUUGUAGUUGUGGACGCCUAAAACAGUUCGAUAUCCUAAAAUUCUAUUCAACAAAUAAAUUCGAAUAUUCUAAAACAUAUUAAUUUAAUCUAAUUUUAUCAACAAACUCUGUUUCGAACAUGGAAAUACCAAUUACCAAAUUCUUGAACAUAUAAAUAAAAUUUUAAAUCCCAAAAUUCAAAUUAUACAGGUGAAUUCAAAUCCCAAUUCAUCUUCAGAUCCCCAAACAUAUUUCUGAUAAAACUCCCCAAAAAACUUUUCAUUCAAAUCGCUAAUUUAAUUUCCAACAAACUUAGUUGAUUAGAAGUUCAGAUCAAGUUAGAUGCAGCAGAUACAGAUUAAUAAAUAAAAACCACAAGUCUCCGCUCAUUCAUAAAAAUAUUUCAUUUCUAGUCAUGGUGAUUGUAUCUUAACAAUGUGUAGGAUGUAUGAAUAACUGUUGAUUUAAACACUGUAUAUAUUUUUUGUAAUGUAGCGAAUCGCCCAAUUAAUUUUAUAUCACGUGAUUAUUUUCAAUAUAAUUGCGUUUCUCUGUUUACCUAUAUCCGUAAAUGACACUCUCUAUUUAUUCUAGUUUUCCAGGAAUAUUGUAUUUCGAUUAUGUAUUUUUGCUUUUAAUAUAACAUAGAUUUUUACAUAUUUAUAGGAAUAUCGAAUUCAUUUUAAGCCCGGAUGAUAGCCCAUUGACCCCAACUUUGCAAAAUUUCGAGUCAAGUUCUCAGAAUUAUUCAGUUAAACGACAAGUUUUGUUCGUCUCCCUUUUAGUAAAUUCUCUUGAAAAUGUUUUGAUUUAUGUACUUUUGGAAAAACGCAUCAAAUUACAGCCAUUUUAUAGUUGAUUUUCAUUAAAUUUCACUUGACCCAUUCAAAGCAUGAAAUUUGGCAUUUGACAGGCAAAGUCUUGGUUUCAAACCUUCUUACAAAUGAUACUGAUUGUAUUAAUCGCUCCAUUCAAUAUCGAUGCCCAAGUACAAGCCUGCCUGUCAUUCAUCCUAAUCUACCUGACAAAUGACCGACAACCCAUGUCCGGCAAUGUUCAUUGAUAUUGAUUGUAUUGUAAUAAAUUUCCUUAAAUUUAAUGUUAUUUCAAGGUAACCAAGUAGUUCUGUUAUUUUACUUUAAUUCCUUGACUGAUUUUAUGAUUUUUACCAGUCAUUUUACUUUAGUUCAAAUAGGAGCAACUACUAUUGUAUAGCAAUGCAAUUCACUUACUGUUAUUGUAUAAUUAUUCAGGUCAGUUACUGGUAUUUUACUUUAAUUCAUUGAGUGUUUUAAUACUUUGCAUUGAUAGAUGUAAUAUAAUCAAACCUAUUGA